GGAUUUUAAUGAUACUCUUGUCCUCCACCUUGAAUUCAAAGUAUUUUCCCAUAGGAGAGCAUUGUCCUGCAUCCAUUGCCCUUCAACUCCACUCAUCCACACGGGGAAAAGAUGAGGAAAAAGGGAAACUGCUGGAAAAGCCCUCGCGCAGUGCGCGCUCUUCUCUAGUUUCCGCAUGCAUUUCCCACCGAUUUGACUCUCUUGCCCGCGCUUCCCUUCUUUCUUUUCCGCUCCUUCCUUCUCGGUUUCCCUGCAAGGUUAACCCUGCGCCUCCAUCCGAGCCUGAAGUAGCGGCACCCGGCAUGGAAUCGAUCGACGAACUGGCUGUCGGACCUUGCGUGGCCUCCCAAUAUUUGCGGCCUUUCCGCCUCCGAUACCGCCAGAAUGGUAUUUCAAAACUUUGGGAUUUCAUGAGGACACAUGACAGUGUGUCCAUUCUUAUCUUCAAUAUUUCUCGGCAAUGCUUUGUUGUGGUGAAGCAGUUCCGUCCAGCUGUCUAUAUGUGCGAAAUGGAAGAACAACGUCCUCAGUGCUUUGAGAAUAAAACUGCAGAGAGCUGGUGCCCUCUGUCUGAUUUUUUGCCUGCUUCAAAAGGAAUAACAUAUGAACUCUGUGCUGGUAUUAUAGACCAGCCAGAGCUCUCUUUGGAAGAAAUUGCUUGCAAGGAAAUUUUAGAAGAAUGUGGCUAUGAAGUUCCUCUAACCAGUCUAAAAAGAAUCACUUCAUACAGAUCUGGAGUUGGUGUGACAGGAUCAAAGCAGACAUUAUUUUAUGCGCAGGUAACUGAUGACAUGAAAUCUAGUGAAGGAGGUGGCCAGCCGGAGGAAGGCGAACUGAUUGAAGUUGUGGAAAUACCUCUGCAAGAUUCCAUGAAAUUUGCAUUUGAUGAAACUUUCCCUAAAACUAUGGGAGUUAUCUUCAGUUUCAUGUGGUUCCAGUCCAACAUAGCACCACAACUGCUAGAAAAAUAAUGCACUGGAGAAAUUAAGCAGAAACAUGGGACCAUAUUGGAAGCAAUCUUUCAGGACUGUCUAGUUCUUAAGUUUGCUAUAGUAAAGGUUCAUAAAAUUCAUAUGCUAACACUGGAAGAUCAUUAACUCAAGUUUAAAUGUGUUUUUCAUCCCAUAUUUUAUCUUCCAUAGAAAGAAUCUGAGGAAAAGACAUUUGCAAUACAUGAAAGUUGCCCAGUCGGAAACAUAAUUUUCUGACAAGAACUACAAUAGGCAAACACAAAUGGAUAAUUUAUCAU